AGAGAGAGACCACCAGCACGGUGGGGAGCACAAACUUGCGAGAAGCAGAGCAUGCAGAAAAGCUCCGCAAGAAGACAGUGCAGCUGCUCGGCGGGGUUUGAGGCUACAGAAGAGGCAGCAGCUUCUCGAGGAUUACAAUGAUUGCCACAACUCAACAAAACAUGACCACGGAGCUGGACCUGGGAAGUUCAGAUGGUCCUCCGCGGAACUGGAAGGGCAUAGGAAUCGCCAUGGUGGUGAUCAUAGCCGUUAUGUCCCUCGUCAUACUGUCCGUCGUCCUCCUCACACCCGAUGAAUCCCUCUUGUUGCUCCGUUCCCAACUCACCAUGGAGGAUCUGGAGAGUGAAGAGUUCAAAGUUCAUGACCCCUCUGUAGCGUGGUUGAACGAAAACGAAGUGGCUCUUCAAACCAGAGAAGGACACAUCCUCUCAUUCAGCCUCAACAGCAACCUCACCACGACUCUGCUGGACAACAGCUCCCUGGACCUGACGUCUACUAAAUUCCAAGUCUCUGCUGACAAGAGGUUUGUCCUCUUGGCGUAUAAUAUUCAACCGGUGUUCUCUCAGUCCUUCACAGCCUCCUAUGCUAUCCAUGAUGUGGCUAAUGGGGACCUGCUGGAGCUUAACCCUCUGGAGAAAGACAAGGCAGCUCUACAUUACGCCUCCUGGGGUCCUCAGGGGAACCAGCUGGCCUAUGUGUUUGACGGAGAUAUCUACUACCAGCCGAGCGUGACCAGCAAACCUCUGCGUCUCACAACCACCGACCAAGAGCAGAGUGUGGUGAACGGGCUCUCUGACUGGACUUAUGAAGAGGAAGUGCUGUUGACAUAUGCUGCCCACUGGUGGUCUAUGGACGGGGCCCGGCUUGCGUACCUCACCAUCAACAACUCUGCCACACCUGUAAUGGAAGUACCUCACUUCUUAGGACGUCUGUACCCCUCCAAUGUCGCGUUCCCCUACCCCAAGGCUGGCUCAAGUAUCCCAUCAGUCAGUCUAUUUGUGGUAAAUCUGUAUGGUCCAGCUCACACUCUGGAAAUGAUUCCUCCUGACUCCCUCAGGGCCAGAGACAGCUACAUCUCCAUGGUGACUUGGAUCAGCAGUACCCGCCUCGCUGUACGUUGGCUGAAUCGCGCCCAGAACCAAUCAGUGCUCUGCGUGUGCGAGGCCACCACAGGGGCAUGCUCCGAGAAGCACAAAAUGGCCAUGGACAUAAUGCAAAACCAGCGGCAGGAGGUGCCGUUGUUUUCAGAAGACAGCUCUGUGUUUUAUACAAUCCUACCUGCAAAACAAGGCGCUCGAGGGGAGUUUCAUCACAUCGCUGGUCUCUCAGCCCAGCCCGCCACCCCCUCCGUCCCUCCUCGCUUCUUGACAUCAGGGAGCUGGGACGUCACCUUGCUGUGCGCACUGGAUGAGAAGGCAGGAAAAAUAUAUUUCCUGAGCACAGAAGAAUCCAGACAGAGCAGACACCUUUUCAGUGUGGACCUGGAUGGAGUGUUUCAGCGCCAGUGCAUCUCCUGCAACCUGUUAGAUGGAUGUCGCUUCUUUAAAGCUGAAUUCAGCCCCAAUCAAACAUACUUCACUCUCUACUGCUUAGGCCCAGGAAUCCCUAAAGUGACAGUUCACAGCACAAAGGACCCCUCCAGUUAUGUUGUUCUGGAGGAUAACAGCCGUCUAUCUCGAGCUCUGGAGGACAAGAGGCUGCCUGAAACCCUGUUCAGGACCCUGCCAGCAGACAACCAUGAUGUCCACCUGAAACUAUCUCUACCUCAGGGUUACGAGGCCAACCUGCACCCUCUCCUCAUCAUUGUGGAUGGAGUUCCUGGCAGUCAGUCGGUGACAGAAGAAUUUGCCCUGGACUGGCCUCAGGUCCUCUCCAGCACUCACAAUGUGGCCUUGGCCUGGGUGGACGGCAGGAGCGGGGUCGGCCGCGGACAGAAGACCACCGCUGUGGAUCCGCGAAAGCUUGGCUCGCUUAGAGUUAAAGAUUAUCUGGGAGUUGUCGAGUUGUUGAUGCAACUCUCUUACAUUGAUGAUCGGCGCAUGGCCCUGUAUGGCAAGGCAUUUGGGGGGUAUUUAACGCUCAAGAUGUUAGCUGCAACACAUAAGCUAUUUCAAUGCGCAGCUGCUGUUGCACCAAUAACUGACUUCAGGCUUUAUAGUUCUGCAUUCUCAGAGAGAUAUCUAGGCCUUCCAGCAAAGGAGGAGCACGCUUACUCGACGGCCUCUUUGCUGGAGGAAGUUAACAAACUGAAGGAUGAGAACUUUCUUAUUCUACAUGGAACCGCAGAUGCGAGGGUACACUUCCAGCACAGCGCAGAGCUCCUGAGCCGACUGGUGAAGGUGGAAGCUAACUACUCGCUGCAGCUGUACCCAGACGAGGGCCAUAUCCUGAGGGAGCCGCGCAGCGUCCAUCACUUCCAACGGACUGUGGUGAACUACCUCCAAACCUGCUUGAAGCACAGCAUCUUUCUAGAUCCUGUGGAGGAGGAAGAGGAGGAAGACGACUGAGCCUUGAGCCCCUUCUCAUCUUCUGGAAGGACUCUAUUUUGGACUCUAUGCCAUUUUAUGCAUUACCUUGGGUCGGAUUAUCAGACACAAGAGCACAGGAGUGGGGACCAAGCACAUCAGAUCACCUCCUACGACUUCUGGAAAAACUGAUUGAUGUACUGUAUACCUUGUUGCACAUAUUUAUUAAUUAUAAGUAUGCUGUAUGUUUGAGUUUCUGUUUGUUUCACAAGAUUCACUUGAGAUAAUGUGGACACAAAGGCUACUGAUUCUGUCAGAUGUUUGAAAAGAUUUUAAAACAUGCAUGUCGUAAUGGCUGCAUGAUGUGGAUUAGUUUACAUUUUAUGUGUUAAGCAGGUUUCAAAUGUCACCCUUUAGGGUUAGAAGUGCAGAACCUACCAGCAGCUGGGAACACACUAGAGAGAUCCAUGUUGACGCUAUGUAAAGAGAAAUUAACUUAAUGCCUCAAGUUUCCAAAUUCAUCCAGAUAAGACUAUAAAAUCUUUAUAAUGCAGAUUCAAGUCAUACAAAAUUGAAUCAGGACAGCUUUGAUCAAAGUUAUUUAAACCAUAUAACUCUCACGUUACAUGCAAACUGGGUCAAAGGUUACUCUCCUGGGAACAUUUUCCACUGUCUUUUUAAUGUUGCUGUAAAAUGUAAGGUCUUUAGUUCAGUGUGUUCCUAGUAUGAAUAAAUUAAAAUGAGACAUAAGGAUCUUAAUGUGCCAAAUGCAUUUUGUGGACGUUAUCCACUAGUUUCAUUACCUUAACUUGCAUUCUGUGAUUUAGGAUGAGUAUGCAGCUGAGACACCACAAGCUCGGAUUCAAGAAUGACAGCAAAGACAUCUAUGUUUGUUUCUCUACGUACUGCAUUUGGAAGUAUGGGGCUGUGUUUUUUUUCUACAUUUCUGCAUUUGAAUAAUUUCUUGUGUAUUGAAGCAUUGAAUUGUCUCCUUGAACAAACUGCUGAACCACUGUAGUCCUUAAAGCUAUUGGAUUGUGGGUUUGACCAUCAAACUAUCAACCAAACUGAACUGGUAAACUGGUAAACUGCAUGCAGGUGAUUUGAAAACAUAUGCCCUUGACUCUGGACAACCAGCUACUCCUUUUUUUUCCAAUAAAGUUUGAACCUCUUGUUUUUACAGCAAA